CUCCAGUAGGCUCCGCCGUGCGAUGCGAGCUCUGGGAGACCGCAACGCCGCCUCCCGCUAGCGACCUGCCCCUGGCCCGGCCCCCCCCCGGCCCGGCCCCUUGCCCAGCCCUGCCUAGCGCGCGGGGGUCGGCGAAGGCGCCGCGGACGCACCGACGGCGGAGGACCCGCGAUGCACACGCACUAGCAGCACCCCCUAACUCACUCCCUCCACACCCCGCGCCGCCGCCGCCGCCGCCUCCGCCUCCUCCGCCUCCGCCUCCUCCGCCUCCGGCAGCCGCGGCUGAAGGACCCACCCUGCCCCCCACCCCACCCUCCGCCGGCUCCGGCUGCGGAUCUAGCCUUCGACUCCUGUUUUAUUUAUUUUGGGUCGUGCACAAGCCUCAGUGCCUGCAGCCCCGCGCCUCCCUCGGCCCGCGGGCGCCUCCUCCCUCGCCUCCGGAGCCCCUUGACCCCGGCCGCUCUCGCCUCGGCAUCCCCAGACCCCCGCCGGCUGCCGCAAGUCUCCCCGGCCGGAAUCUUGUGAGCGACUGUCUUUUUGGGGGGUUCUGGUCUUUCGACGUUUUUGUUCCCAGCCAAGGAAAGGAUAUCGUGAUUUUUUUUUCCCCCUUUGAGCCCAGGCUCUGCUCUCUGGGGGGGGUGGGGGGCGCGCCAAGCCGGGGAGCCGUGCCAGCCGAGUAGUGCGGGCUGUGGCAGGGAAGGGGCCACCAUGGGAUGUACUCUGAGCGCUGAGGAGAGAGCCGCCCUCGAGCGGAGCAAGGCGAUUGAGAAAAACCUCAAAGAAGAUGGCAUCAGCGCCGCCAAAGACGUGAAAUUACUCCUGCUGGGGGCUGGAGAAUCAGGAAAAAGCACCAUUGUGAAGCAGAUGAAGAUUAUCCACGAAGAUGGCUUCUCGGGAGAAGAUGUGAAGCAGUACAAGCCUGUCGUCUACAGCAACACCAUCCAGUCUCUGGCAGCCAUUGUCCGGGCUAUGGACACUUUGGGCGUGGAAUAUGGUGACAAGGAGAGAAAGGCCGACUCCAAGAUGGUUUGUGAUGUGGUGAGUCGCAUGGAAGACACUGAGCCCUUCUCCACAGAGCUUCUUUCUGCCAUGAUGCGACUCUGGGGCGACUCAGGGAUCCAAGAGUGCUUCAACCGGUCUCGGGAGUAUCAGCUCAACGAUUCUGCCAAAUACUACCUGGACAGCCUGGAUCGGAUUGGGGCUGCCGACUACCAGCCCACCGAGCAGGACAUCCUCCGAACCAGGGUCAAAACCACCGGCAUCGUAGAAACGCACUUCACAUUCAAGAACCUCCACUUCAGGCUGUUCGACGUCGGGGGCCAGCGAUCUGAACGCAAGAAGUGGAUCCACUGCUUCGAGGACGUCACGGCCAUCAUCUUCUGUGUCGCGCUCAGCGGCUAUGACCAGGUGCUCCAUGAAGAUGAAACCACGAACCGCAUGCAUGAAUCCCUGAAGCUUUUCGACAGCAUCUGCAACAACAAGUGGUUCACAGACACGUCCAUCAUCCUGUUCCUCAACAAGAAGGACAUCUUUGAAGAGAAGAUCAAAAAGUCCCCACUGACCAUCUGCUUUCCUGAGUACACAGGCCCCAGUGCCUUCACAGAAGCCGUGGCUUACAUCCAGGCACAGUAUGAGAGCAAGAACAAGUCUGCCCACAAGGAGAUCUAUACUCACGUCACCUGUGCCACGGACACCAACAACAUCGAGUUUGUCUUUGACGCUGUGACGGACGUCAUCAUCGCCAAAAACCUGCGGGGCUGUGGACUCUACUGAGCUCCAGCCCCCUACCCAGUUGCCCAUACCCUGCCCAGCCCUCCACCCACUCCUGCCCUGGAACCAGAGCUCUGCCACCUCUCAAACCACUCUGUGCACUGUGGAAGAAGAACCUAGAGCUGGUCCUGGGGGCGGGGGGAGCAGCUUUCAUGCAUCCACGCUGCUGUGCCUCCAAUAGCAGGACGCGCUAACAAACUGGGCAGGGUGCUGAGCGCCACACACGAGGCAGGAGACCACACCACACCCCCCAGUGUCACUCCCUGACCUGGGCCUUGCCUCUAAGUGCUGUAUUUGGGGUGAGAGUGUUGGGGGGUGGGAGUGGACACAGGCGCCGUUUGGCACAGAAUGGACGUGUUCUACCUUCCUUGACUCUUACUCAAAUCCUGGGGUCUUCUUCUGUCAUCUGGGGUGCUGGCAGGGCGGGGCAGUAGAAGCCAUCCCUCAGCUUUGCCUGGGGUUUCUCUAGCCAAGAGCAGUUCCGUCGUCAUAAGCCAGGACUGGACUGUGCCAGCUUUGUGGGGUGAGAGGGUUCUGGCCUUGGCAAAGGUCUCCCUCCUUACCAUGGUCUGAGCCUUCUUUAGUCAUCUCUUUUGUCCAUUGGUGUCCUUGGAAAUCCCAGCAUUGACUCUCCUUACACCUGGCAGUGCUCCUGAAACUGGCCGACAUCAAAGUGGAAGGUGGGAGGGUCAAAGCCACACGUACAGAAGUUAGGGAAGGAGGCCAAGGGUAGCUGUUGUCCCAUUGCCUGUGCACUCCAUCCCUGAAGAUCCAUUCUACUUGCCACUAACCCCAGCUCUUCUGCUCCCAGUGUGAGUUGACAGUGGGUGUGCUUUUCUUCAAGUUCCUGCAAGCUUACUUAAAGCCAGCUGGGGGAGGUAGAGGCCUUGGGACUGGGGUGCCUCUAGGUGGAUGCCCAGGGAGGUGUGGACCAGGCCCUCCACCUGUACCCCCAUUUCUUUUUAGUCUCAAUCAAAAAAUCAGUGUUUGGGGUCCUUCUAGCCCUCAAGGCAGAGGCAGGCAGGUGGAAGGGCCAGUGCCCUGGUGUGAGCUCUGGCACACACUACACUGCCCUGCUGGGGGACAGUCCUCCAAGCGCCUGGGAGGGCUUUACUGAAGAGUUGUUAAACAGAAAAGGAUGGAUUGGCAUUUGGUGCCCCUGGACAUGGCUGGCCUUGGGCAGUCAGGACCCUUGCUCUCUUACCUUGCCAAGUGCCUCUAGUUGGCUGGUGCCUCAGGAAACAGCGCAUGAAGGCAUGUGGCUUCUGUGGCAAGCUGUGCCUAGGAAUGCAGAUGUGCCACAGGAGGGGAGGGGGACCUCUACCUCCCUCCCCAAGCCCUAGGCUCUCCUGGCUAAGUCCCAGGCCAGGCAGGGCCCCUGAGCUCCCCUGUGCAGCCCCUUGACCUGCCCAGGCAUAGGAAGAGCCCUGUGCCAAUAGCUCUCGCUUGGUUCCUGUAGGUACAGAGCUCUGGGUGGUGCUGGAAAACCAAGGGACCUUCCCUAGUGCCAAAUUUCCACAGGGAACCUUCCCUGGUGCCUGUGGAGAGGCCUCCCUGCGCUGACUGCCUUGGCUACUGCCCUGUUAGCCCAAGUCCACUUCUGGUUUAUUCGCCUCUAUCAUUUCCUUAUCAUGUACCAGGUGCUGGGAUGUGGCAGAGGACAGGGCCUUGGAGCCAACAGUCACAAUGUCCUGCUGUGAGGCGCUAAGGCCAGUUAAGCCAUUUGGCCUAACAUCAAAGAUAGGGCAUUUAUUUUCCACAGUUACUACUCUGCAGUAUAACCAUGUAUGCCCCCAACUCUGCCCCAGACUAUGGGCAGAUUCUAAAUCACUUGGAAGGGUGGGUGUUGGCCAUCUUAUCUCUAAGGCCAUUGCGCAGGAGACAGAAGUAGCUGUCCUUGUCACCCCAGGGUGCCCCAUCCCCACUCCUCCAGUGCUUACGGGCAGCAGAGCAGCCAGAGCCCCAGGCUGGAGUUGGGCCCUGGACCCGGCCCUUCCCACUCUACACAGCUGUGGUGAGGACCAGGGGCUUGGUACCCGCCUGUCCUCCCUUCUCCCCCAUGCUUUCUGCUCUCCAGUGCUCUGGCCUGUUGGAUGUUGUAUGCUGUUCUCAGCCCUUUGGGUCCAGGCUGCCAGGGCUGUCUGGUGUGAGUGUCGAGGAAAAGGAGUGCAGGGUGUCUCCCUGAACACCCAUCUCCCUCCCACGGUGUCACCAGCGGCUCUACGAUAUGGGAACACCUGAAUUGUGGCUCCGUCGUGAAUAUGGGUGAGGGGAAGUGUGGUGAAUGGAUGGGCAAGGGUAGGUCCCGAAAGGGGCCAUGCCAACCACUCUGCAGUUUCUGCAGACCUGCUUUCUAGGACCCGUGGCUUCGCCGCUGAGCCCCUGUGGCUGUCCUGAGUGAGGGUGUCUGGCCUGACUGGGGAGCUGAGGAUUCAGAGGAAGGGCUCUCUCUGUGGAGUCGGCCCAGCCUCGCCCUCUCCAGCAGCUCUGGCCUUCUGCACCCCUUCACCACCUAGGCAGACCCCAGAUCCCAGUGCCCUGUCCCUGUCUCUCCUGGCCAUCCCCUCUGCCUGUCAGUUUCCUGCCCCCAUCCCAGUGGCACACCCCACUGGUGGGAACCUGGGGUACCCAGCGUGCAUGGACUGUACUGGGCAUCGCCAAGUAUCCCCAGACUCCUCUCGCUGCCCACAAACCCCUCACAGAGAAGAUGUGGAGCCUCCUUGCCCCAGCCUUCCCUUCUGCAGAGGGUCUGGCAGUGGGAAAUGAACCUACAGCUGCCAGCAAGCACAGACAGGCUCUCCACGUUCUCCCUC